AUGACGCGCGCGUUCCCGUCGCUGCGCCAGAUCCUGCUCCUCCAGCGCGACGUCCCGCGCGCCGCCGCCUUCUACGAGCGCGCCCUCGGUCUCCGAAUCGCCGUCUGCACGGAAACGUUCGCCGAACUCGCGCUCGAUUCGCGCGGUGCGGAUUCGACGACGGGAAACGCGCCGACGCUCGCGCUGCAACGCGCCGAGCACGAAUCGCAGCUGCAGACGGGGUACACGCCGAUAUUGCACUUCGAGGUGGACGACGUGCAGACGCGCGUGAACGCGGCGCUGACGCUGGGAGGACGAUUGGACGGGAAGAUUCAGUACGAGACGCACGGCGCGGUGGCGUGCGUGCGAACGCCGGACGGCCACAUGAUCGGGAUGUAUCAAUCGACGCCGUAA